AUGGGCUGCAGCCACUCGACGGCGGAUUCCACGCGCCCCUUUCGUGCCCACAGCGUCGCUCUGCCCUUACGCCCCUCGACGCCUUCGUUCCAUGUGCCGAACAGCGUCCGGCGCGACGUCGUCCCCACGAGCGGUGCGCCGGCGCACCCGACCACGGGAACCGACCUGAAAGACGACGUCCCGUCGUUCGUCGUCUCGAACAGCGCCGACUUAGUCGGCAGCUCGGACGGCGAAAUGGUUUACGCCCUCGUGCGCACCUUUACGUUCUCGUUCAUCCAGGCGUCCGAGACGAGCAGCACGCACUCGAGUCUGGGCGACAUGUCGUUCACGCCCGAGGAGGAGACCCCGCCGGCCUCUUCCGACCCCGUGGUCGAGUUGCCGCCGAUUCCAGAAGAGCUCUUGGGUCGGGACGGACGCACUACUGGGCGGGCGGUCAGUGGCAGUGCCACGAAAGCCAAUGCGUCGCCGCUGUCGUCGUCGACGUCUUCGGAGACGCAGAACGGCGAGAGCAGUGGAGAGAGCGAAUUGGACGUGACGGACGCACUGGACGCGGCCGACUGCAGCGGCCGUCCAGAAGCGGAUCACUGCAACGCGACCGACACGAGACGACCAGUGGCUGCGACGACUGCAUCGAGUGGACAGAAUGCGCUCGGCGGUCCGAAGACGGAAGCGGAUGUCCGUCACGAGCGUCGUGCAGCUGCUCGCGAGACGUCGUCGUGCGACGCCAUUGACGACGAGUCCAUGCGACGCAAAGUCGUGGAAGCCGACGCGCUGGCGAUCGUGCAGGAGGUCAUGCGAGCGGCCGUGUCCAACGUGACAACCGCAGCGUCAACACAGGUCGGUCAUCAUCCGCAAGCUCCGGUUCCAGGGCGAGCAGCUCCCGUCGAAAGGAGCAGCUUGCAACUCGAGCCGGUGAGCGCGACGUGGAGCCUGAAGACGCCGCGAUCGCGCAGUGCCCCACUGCUGAACGUCUGUGCCCCGACGUAUGCGAUCGUGGGCACGUCGACGGCCAAUGGCGUCGUGUGGUAUCACAUGCAGUGCACGAACGAGGAGGCGACGGACUGCUUCAAGUGGCCCGCUGUGCUCUUGCGUCGGUACUCGAGAUUCCGCGCCAUGUACUGGCAGCUCAAGGCGAGCAAACUGCCUGCUGCCGACAAGCUACCCGAGCUGCCUCCCGCAGGUCUCGUGCACUUUGUGCGCGGUCGACAGAGCCAGCGAACCAUUGAGGAACGGCAGACGCAGUUCUCGAGUGUGCUGCACUACAUUGCUACGCAUCGAGAGCUGCACGAGAGCGCUGUCUUCCAGCGCUUCCUCGUCCAGUGA